AACAGUCAGUGACACUUGCCAUAACAUUUUGCACUGAGGUUAACGUAGGGCAAUGGUAACUUUUCCACGUGUUAUGAGAGUCUAUGAUUGAAUGAAAACGUUGCCCUUUUAACACCAUGAGGCUUUGUCGGGUUGUACGGAAUGCAGUUAAAUUCAGGUCGGCGUUUGACUUCGGUGAGAGAGAAGUCGCACAUUGGUUCCCUGGACAUAUGGCAAAAGGGCUCAAACAGAUGAAAGCGAAUCUGAGGAGUGUCGACUGCAUCAUUGAGAUCCACGACGCGAGAAUCCCUUUCUCCGGGAGGAACCCCUUGUUUCAGGAGUCGUUAGAUGUCCGUCCACACCUGCUGGUCCUCAAUAAGGUAGACCUGGCGGACGUGGCGCAUAAACAGAGUAUCCUCAAGCGGCUGGAGAAAGAUGGGAUAAAGAGUGUUGUUUUCACAGACUGUUUGAAGCAGCGAGAUGACAAUGUGAAAAAGAUUUUGCCUCAGGUGCUGGAGCUGAUUGAGAACCGCCCACGCUUCCACAGGAGUGAGGACAGGUCCUACUGCCUGAUGGUGAUCGGGGUCCCCAACGUGGGAAAGUCUUCCUUCAUCAAUGCCCUGCGCAGAACCAAUCUCAAGAAAGGUAAAGCUUCACGAGUGGGUGCUGAACCAGGGAUCACUAAAGCAGUCUUGACGAAAAUUCAGGUGUGUGAGCGGCCGGUGAUGCACCUGUUGGACACGCCAGGUGUGCUGUCCCCGCGCAUCGAGAGUGUGGAGACCGGGAUGAAGCUCGCCCUGUGUGGCACCAUCCUGGACCACCUGGUUGGAGAGGAUGUGAUAGCGGACUACCUGUUGUUUACUCUCAACAGACUGGAACGGUUCAGCUACGUGGAGAAGUACAGUCUGCCGGAGCCGAGUGACAACAUUGAGGAGGUGCUGAAGCAUAUCGCCGUAAAGCUGGGCAAGACGCAGAGAGUCAAGGCCAUCACGGGAAUAGGCAACAUCACCAUCAAAGUUCCGAACUACACGGCUGCAGCCUAUGACUUCAUCCGGGCCUUCAGGAAAGGGGAGCUGGGGAAAGUAAUUCUGGACUGAGGAGAGAGAGAGAGAGAGAGAGAGAGAGAGAGAGAGAGAGAGAGAGAGAGAGGAGCUGGACUGGGGAGAGGAAGGUGUAACUGAGGUCAUCUGCGUUUAGGGCUCGAACCCACAACCUGCCAGUCAACGCUCCAGUUAGGGCAUAGGAGGCACAGCACUAUACAGCUGAACUGAGCCAAAGGACUCCAGACCGAUAGCUCAGCGCUACCGAUACUGUAUGAGGCUUCAGGGUUGAGGUUUACUGACGUCCUACUGCCAAACUGUACUAGUUGACAUCCGUCACAGAGAGCUUGGUAGGGGGGAGUGGUGGGGAGCUGGACUGGGGAGGGGGUAGAGAUUGGAGAGGGGGGGGGUGGUGGAGAGUCACUUUGGACUGAGGAGAGGGAGGGCAUGGCAGGGGGAAAUGGAGGAGAUUCGAGGACAUCAGAGGACCCAGAUGGGCCCUACUGUGACAACCAGAAGCCCUCCUGUCAACAACCAGGAGUUGCGUUUCUGGACAGCGCCAAUGCUAACUAAGUUAGCAGCUUACUUGUUUGCAAGCCCAUUUCCCAUUUGCAGCCUACUAAGUUGCUAACUCGUUGGCAGCGAUGCUUUCAAGAGACAGGGUCCCUCUCAUCAACAAGAUGUGAGAAAUCGGCAGUAAGACUGAACACCUCAAGAACCAGAUUUUGAUAACAACACUGGACACUUGCGUGUCUAUCAGACAGGCCUCACUAGAGAAGUGUUUCAUCCAUUUAUUUGGUGUAAACCUUAACUGUAAACACACUUCAUUAAUCUUAGCCUGGCUUUCUGAGUGUCUCUGUGUGUGUGUGUAGUUGCCAUUCAUUGUGUGUGUGUGUGUGUGUGUGUGUGUGUGUGUGUGUGUGUGUGUGUGUGUGUGUGUGUGUGUGUGUGUGUGUGUGUGUGUGUCUGAGUGUGUGUGUGUGUGUGUGUGUGUGUGUGUGUGUGUGUGUGUGUGUGUGUGUGUGUGUGUGUGUGUGUGUGUGUGUGUGUGUGUGUGUGUGUGUGUGGGGUUGCAUUUGCAAGAAAAAAAGAGGUGGUUCAUCAGCAAUAAAUUAUUUUUUAUAUA